UUUUCUUGUCGCUGUUAGUUCGGUGAAAAAAUUGUGUACAAUACGUCUUGAGAAGGAAAGAAAAUGUGGAUCAUGAUUUGACUUUUCAAAUCCAUUAAUUUGAAAAAAUCUGACCCACUCACACAAUAAAUAGAGAAGAGAAAAGCAAAGUAAUAACUAGAAGCCUGAGAAGAAAACAUGGGUUCAGAAAAUAAGCAUUUUGUUCUGGUGCAUGGGGCUUGCCAUGGAGCUUGGUGCUGGUACAAGCUGAAGCCACGCUUGGAAUCUGCUGGCCACAAGGUCACCGUGCUCGACCUUGCAGCUUCCGGCAUCAACCCGCGCAAAAUCGAAGAUGUUCAUACUUUCUCACAGUACUCCGAGCCUCUGCUGCAGCUAUUGGCAACAAUUCCCCCAAAUGAAAAGGUGAUUCUGGUGGGUCAUAGUCUUGGGGGACUCAACAUAGCACUUGCCACGGAGAAAUUCCCAGAAAAAGUUGCGGUUGCUGUUUUCUUAACGGCUUUCACUCCCGACAUUGAACACCAACCAUCUUAUGUUCUGGAAAAGUACAAUGAGAGGACCGAGCCGGCGGCAUGGUUAGACACUGAAUUUUCUCCAUGUGGAAGCAAAACAUCAAUGUUCUUUGGUCCCAAGUUCAUCUCUGACAAGCUCUAUCAACUCACCUCAAUCGAGGACAUUGAAUUGGCGAAGAGUUUAGCGAGGCCAUCGUCGCUCUUCAUGGAAGACUUGUCAAAGCAAAAGAAGUUCUCGAAAGAGGGAUAUGGGUCGGUUCCACGUGCCUUUGUUGUGUGCACUGAGGACCUUGCAAUUCCUUUGGAAUAUCAGCACUGGAUGAUCCAAAAUGCUGUCUUCAACGACGUUCUAGAGAUCAAAGGCGCAGAUCACAUGCCUAUGCUCUGCGUGCCACAACAACUCUUUGAUUCUCUCCAACAGAUAGCUACUAAAUAUUAAUAACCUCAUCACCAUGCUUUAAUUACUCUUGUUUACUGUCUUUCACUCGUGUUUUACAAUCAACAACUUGUAUGGCUUCUCCAAUAAUUAUAAUAAAGUUGUAUUAGUUUCCUCAAAA